AUGGCAGGAGCACACUCCGGGAUUCAGGGCACAGUUCACUCUGCUGUCCUCCGCAAGUUCGUGUUGAUGCUACUUUUGCACUGGCCUGACGUGAAUAAUGGAUGGAGGCAGCCAAACACAACACAGGCUGCGUCACUUGUGCAGCUGAGGGGAGGGGAGGGGAGGGGGGGUGGGGGGGGGGAGUGGUUAGACGAUGCAGUGGACAGAGACAGAGACAGACAGAGAGAGAGAGACGGUGAGAGAGGUGCUCGCAGAGACGGCAGAGGGAAUAUAAUCAUGUCAGCCUCAUGGAAGCAGCUCCCGUUUCAGAUCUUCCUGCUGCUCGUCUCCUGCUGCAGACACACCAACACAAAGACCCCGCCGGACCCCACGCCUGCGACACUGGUUCCCACCAGUCCUCUGCCAACAGAUGUAAGAAGUGUUGUUCUAAAAGGCGAGAGUCACACCGAGAGAGUUGAGCUGUUGAGUCCCGUCGAUCUAGCCCUCGAAUGCACCUGGACCGGCGGUCUGAGCAAACCGCCGAACAUAACUGGUUUCUGGAGAAAAGAUGGGGACGAGAUCGAGAACGGACGCCUCGCAGUGCAGUUGGUGGAUGAGAUGUAUCAUCUCAAACAUGUGUUCAGGAUCGUCAGUGAAGAAAACCUUGGAAGUUACUCGUGCGCGUUCGGAAAUGAAGCAAGGGUAGAUUUUAUUUUGACAGCUCCACAGAUCGGCGAGGUGCGAGAUAAGCCAAUGGUCAGCUAUGUGGGGGAUUCAGUGGUGGUCGCGUGUAAAAUGGGGGAGACCAAACCCAAGCCCGUCUCCUGGAACUGGUACAAAGCAAACGGGACAGACAGAGAGCAGAUUUCCGUUGCUGCAGAGCCUCGACGGUAUGAGUUCAAAAACAAAGAGGCGGCGGCCAAGCUGGUGGUGCACAACCUGACGGAGGCUGACUCUGGCCUGUACUACUGCGAGGCGGUGUACGCCAUCGGCACCACGACGAGCCACGUGGAGCUGAGGGUCAUCACCCUUUGGGAGCCUCUGAAGCCCUUCGUCGCCAUCCUGGUCGAAGUGAUUAUCCUGGUCGCUGCCAUUCUGCUCUUCGAGAGGAGUCAGUCCAAGAAAAAGUGCAAAGGAGGAAACGGGGCAAAUGAGGACCAAACAAACACACUGACUCAGGGAGAAAAUAGCACAGCAGAGGAAAGUUCUUCAGCGAGACACCGUAAAGUAUGAAGACUCUAAGGGCUGCAGUUGAGCAGAUGCUGCUUCUGUUUUAUUUUGUUCAUUUUCAGAUGUGAAUGUUAGAGCUUUAAAGCAAUAUCAAAGAACUGUUUUGUGAAAAAUCUAAAUAUUUUCACCAAGCAAAAAUGCAAUAAGCCUCACUCUAUAAUAAUACUUUUAAUUCAUAGUUACUUUUUUGUCAAACUUUCUUUCCCUGGCAGAUGUGAUUUUUGUUUUCUUAUCCACGGCGGCGUUGUGAUGGUUGAAAGAGUUUUUAAGCGUUGAACCUGCUGAACAGAAAGUGAGUUCCUUCACUUCCUGUGGCCAAACCGAGAUCAAUGUCUGUGACUUCACACCUCACUCUGUCAGAGUGAAAAUGCAUUGGAAGUGCAACCUCAAGUCUAACUUUACAUCUGUUACUAACGCAAUGUGGUUUCUGAGCUGUGCCUUAAACUCUGAGAAAGAAAUGCAUAUAUCUUUCAACUGCUUUGUAUUACUUCAAUAACAUGUAUAGCAAGAUAAAUUGCCAUAUAUGCAGAUGUGUCAGUGUAUUGUUUUCCUGUUAAUAAAGCAGAAGAUGGUCUAAGAGAAGAUAAUAA